CAGACUGUGUGUCAUCUGAACGCUGUCAGUUUCUGUCACCACCGCCCUCGCGUGCGGCUCGCGUGACGCGGCGCGUUACGUCACGAGAAAUGGCGCUCGUGCGGAAAAGUGAUGCUGGACCUCUGUGUUUACUGCGCUUUUGAUUUUUCCACGAACCCAAGAGUCUUACAAUGCAGGGAAAAGACGUAUCCUCGCAUUUAAUCGUCCUAGAGAGGUAGUAAACGAAGGAGCGGUUUUAAACGAUGAGAAAUAAUCGUAAAUAAGACGCCGGUAGCGGUUAGCAUUAGCUUAGCUUGAUGAACAUCACAGCACUGUCGUGUUAGCCAACGCUCAUAACACGACAUAUGACUAAUAUCACACAACAUGAGUCUUUGACACGGCGGAUAUGACAAUAUAGAUGUACACAGACAUAGAUGAGCCAAUUCAGGCGUCCUUCGCGUUAUUUAUUUAGAUGUAUUAACUGUUUAUAGGUAGUUGAGCUAGUGGAUUAGCUGCAGUGGUGAGGAUGGAGGCUCUUCGUGCAGGUGUGUGUUUACUGGGAUUUGCCACACUCUCACAAGCUGCUCCAGUCUCAAAUACACACGCAGCAGAGGCUGCUGGAUAUGUGGAUUUCUCUCUGAUCAUCCCGCUGCUGCUGUCUCUGGCUGUGUUGGUGGCCCUCGUGGUUCUGCUGCUCAACUGUGCUUCCUGCUGCAAAGAGCAAGAGAUCAACUUUAAGGAAUUUGAUGACCACUUUGAGGAUGAGGUUGAUUUCACGCCCCCAGCGGAGGACACUCCCUCUAUGCAGUCGCCCGCGGAGGUUUACACACUGGCUGUUCCACCUGUGCCCCUCCCUGGACCCCCUCACCUCCAACUGCCCCGCAUGUCAGACGUCUCAUCAGGUCCCCACGUGGCACGACACUCUCUCAGUUACAUUCAGGAGAUCGGGAACGGCUGGUUUGGAAAGGUUCUGCUCAGUGAGAUCUACGUGGACCCUGCAGUCGCCCGAGCCGUUGUCAAAGAGUUGAAGGCCAACGCCAGCUCCAAAGAGCAAAAUGAGUUCCUGCAGCAGGGCGACCCAUACAGGGUUCUUCAGCAUCCCAACAUACUGCAGUGUCUUGGUCAGUGUGUGGAGGCCAUUCCUUUCCUGCUCAUCUUUGAGUACUGUGAACUGGGGGACCUGAAGAGUUACGUCUCUCAGCAUGAAUGGCUUUACAGGAAUGGAGAACUACUACAGCUGCAGAAAAUGGCCUGCGAGAUCGCUGCGGGAGUCACCCACAUGCACAAACACAACUUCCUGCACAGUGAUUUGGCUUUGAGGAACUGCUAUCUCACAACAGACCUGACUGUCAAAGUAGGAGACUAUGGCAUUGGCCCUACGAGUUUUAAGGAGGAUUACAUCACCACAGAGGAUGACCAAUGUGUGGCACUGCGUUGGCUUGCCCCUGAGCUGAUUGGUGAGCUGCAUGGGGGCUUGAUCACAUCAGAACAGACUAAACCCAGCAAUGUUUGGGCAUUGGGUGUGACAUUAUGGGAGCUGUUUGAAAGUGGAAAGCAGCCGUAUCCUCACUUGUCAGAUAGAGAAGUGCUCCACCAUGUGCUCAAGGAUCAACAAGUCAGACUUCUUAAGCCACAACUGGACUUACCCUACUCAGAAAGAUGGUUUGAAGUUCUACAGUUUUGUUGGCUGCCUGCAGACAAGAGAGCCACUGCUGAAGAGGUUCACCGACUGCUCACUUACCUCCGUAUGCAGGGUCAGAAAGAUGUGGAGGAUGACUUUGAGCAGCGCUGGAGCUCUCUCAAACCCAAUCCCACCACUCGUCAAGCCACUGUCAGUCAUUCCUCCUUCCCCAUCCUGGAGCAGUUUGAUGACGGCCGAGAACCAGACGAGGUGCUCACUGUCACUGAAACGAGUCGUGGACUAAGUUUUGAAUAUGUGUGGGAGGCAGCCAAGCAUGACCACUAUGACAGCCACAAUCGUUCUGCCUUGGACACUACUUUGAAUUACCACAGUAUGUUCUUUCCAGUGCCAAGGCAAGAUAUUCAGGCUCAUUUCCCUGACACUGUAGUGCAAGCAGAAGAUGGCAGAGUCCCGGAAACCUUGCCAGUUUUUGAUGCACACAAAGCAUCCUCUGGAAAUGACUAUUUUAUUAAGUUGGAGGAGCUAGAUGAGAGUGAAAUUGGGAUGGGAGAAAGUGAGGGUGCUGAAGGUACCAAUGCUUCAGAGCAGCAUCAAUAUGUAGUCUUGCAGGAUGUCCGAUUGGAUGAAUCCAGUACAGAUGCUGAUUUCUUCCAUCAGAGCAUUGACUCAAAGGACUCUUACCUUCUGGACAGCCGCAUAUGGUCCUCAAGUGAACAUGAGAGCCCUUACCAUACUAACAUUUUCAGUGAGGGUGACGUAAAACUGGAAGAUACUCAUUCAUUCAGGGAAGGUUUCAUGGAGCUCCCAGAGAUGAAUGUACCGAAGAGGGAUUCUGAGGGUGAAGCUAAUGGUAAAGAGGCAAGUAAUAGUUUUCCAAAGUCUUUUUUAGGGGUUGGACCAGAAGCCAUUCAUCUGGAGAUCUCUGAUCAGGACAAUUCAGAUGUAAUGAAGCUUCUUAACACAGAGAAACUGGCUGAAAACUUCUUGUUUCUUAAAGAUAACAGCCUGAUGAAGGACAAGUCUGGGUUCUCACAGCCUGACUCAAAAAAUAUUCAGGAGACCAUGAGUUCCAUCAUUGAGACGGAUGUCUCAGAUAGUGUAAACCUUACAGGUGGGUCUUUGAAAUCAGCUGUGAAUUCUACGCAGCUUAAGGAUGAAUUCUUGGACCUAGUCAGCCCGAUUUUAGAAGAUUUUCUGUCGCCUUUGAAAGGAAAAGAAACAAUGGUGCCUUUUGAUAUAUUAGUAACAGGAGAAACCUGUAGCAACCACCUGCCAGACACAAAUGGCUCUUUGCAUUCCCCAAAAUCUGGGAUUUACUCUUCUUCCGAGUCUACCUCUGAGAGCGUUGAGGUCAUUGUUGACAGUCCAUCUGAUAGUCAUCAGUCCCUUGAAAGUGCCACUACAGAUACACUACAUAUGUGCAUAGAUGCCAAACCCCCCAGCCUUGAAGAAUGCUUUGGAGCCUCAACGGAGAAUGGGCAGUAUAAAGGAAUCAUCGACACAGCUGUUCUUAGCUUUACUACUUCAACUGUUGGUGAGUGUACAGAAGGUGGCCUCACUGAAGGUCUAACAAGUAGUGACUCAAUGAGUGAUAUAAUGGAGCUGGACAAGAAGACGGCCAAGGAUAGUCCGCUCUCAGAAGCCAUCGAUCAAGAUCAAGAAACUUUAUUGGACAACCAUGAAACUCAGGACAUGUCCUCACUGUUGGUUUCAGACUCUUGUCUUGACCAAAUAAGUCAGGACAGCCUUCUUGAUGAUAGCACCUUAUCCACUCUUCCAACCAUUGAGAAUUCAGCUGAAACACCAGAUUCAUUAGAUUCUUUGGACAUGCAUAGGGAAGUGGUGCACGGACAGUCAUUGGAAAAUCCUGUUAAUAAUAAGCUUCAACCCCCAUACAAAGCCGCUGACAGUGGGUAUGAAACUGAGAACUUAGAGUCACCUGAGUGGAACUCUCAAACAGUCUUGAGGGAUUCCCCUGAAGAGAAUGAGGUGGGUAGUGCCAUGGAGCCUGCGGCACUGGUUCCACCCGAAAUUGUUGUGUCUGAGGUAGACAGUGUACCUGAUGUUCAGGUAAAUGGUGGUGGAGUUGAUCACCAACAAGAACUUGGUGAAGUUUCCCUGGGAGGAAACUACCGAGACUCUGCUUACUUCUCAGACAAUGAGGAGCUAGAUAAGAAAAGUGAUGACGUCAGUGGAAGUGGCCCAGGAGAUGCUUCAUUUUGGCUCCAGAGUAAUCGAGAAGCUGGCGAAAGUCAAGGAACUGAAGCUGUUGAGGAGCAUUCGGUGUCCGAGAUAUCCCCUGAUUCUGCAGGUCCUCCUUUAGAAUCGACUGAUGGUGAUGUACAGGCUAUAAGGACUGAGUUGGUUCUCACCACUGAGGAAGAUUGUAGCCAGGAUAAACCAUUGACUGUUGAUGACUCAGACCAAACUCAUCCCCAUGCAGCCCCAGAACAUGCAGCAACAUCUGCUACCUCAACACAGCCCUCAACAGAAGUCAAGGUCCAUGCAAAACUAACAAGAACAUAUGCUGGGGAGGGAACAAAGAAAAAAGAGCCAGAUAUGGAGGGGAGGUAUUUAGGAAAGCUCGAUGGAUCCUCACUGGAAUAUGGCACUGAGGAUGGAAUGGAUGCUGAUGAAGAAGAUGAGAACAGUGAUGAGUCAGAUGAGGAUAUGCGUGCCUACCGAUUACACAGCUCUAGCUCUGAGUGCAGUGAGGAUGAAGUUGUCCACCCGGUACCUGUUAUCAUCUCGGACGACAGCAGUUCCCUCAACCUCAAAAGCCUGCUGAAACCCAAAUCCCUUCAGACUUAUAAAGAAACAUCAGAAGAGGGCAGCGAUGGAAAUAAUAGACGUGGUGUGUCGUUCUUUGAUGAUGUCACUGUCUACCUUUUUGACCAGGAAACUCCAACAAAGGAACUUGGUGAGCAUACUCUUGACCCCAGUAGUCAAUUGUCUGAUUUCUGCAGUCCGGUGUCCUCCUCCAGCUACCUUAAUAGAUUUACCAACUCUGAGAGCUCCACCGAUGAAGAAGGUGGUGCAUUUGAAUGGGAUGAUGACUUCCCAUCUCCAGAGCCCAAUUUUCUUUCAAAAGCAGCCAGUGAUCAUUCUGCCAGUCGGUCCAGUGGGACCUCGGCAGCUUCUAAGUAUUUGUCGCCACCCCCUGCGAACCGCACCCUGGAACAGAGCUGGAACAGUCCCUCCAACUACUCGCGCUUCUCCAUCUCCCCAGCCAGCAUCGCUAGCUUCUCCCUCACCCACCUCACAGACUCCGACAUUGAACAAGGAGGAAGUGGUGAAGAUGGAGAGAAAGAUUAACCAAUCUAUCGGACACAUAUACAUGUUGGAGAAAUGUGACGGAUAUAUUUGCUUUGAAGGCUUUGAUUGCUUCUCAGGCAGCAUUGGUAUUUAUUUGAGGUUAUGAAGGGGACUGCAGAAACUGAGCUGGUGGCAUCCUGUGAUGACUUCCUGUAUUCUGCAAAUGAUUUGCAAUGUUUUUCAUCAGUGCAAUUUGGAAGAAACUUUGCUUCACAUAUGCUUUAGAAACUUUCACGCGCUUCCCAAGUGUCCUGCCUCACUUUUUUUUUUUUCUUUUACUCAUAUGCGUUUCUUCUUAGUGUCCACAUUUUACUUCAGAAGUAUGAAGCUGAAAUUUAUGGUUUAACCAGAGGACUCUCUCUUAAACACUAAUGAGCCAAUAGACUCACUCAGUUGUGCAAUUGAAAUCGUACAAUACUUGCCUUUUAUUUUAACACACUGGAUUUUAUUUUUUUUAAAUGUGAAAUCUAGUGUGACAUGCUUAUUUAUAUGGUUGUGUAAUGGAUUAGAUGUCCAAUAGAAGCAACACUCAUGUCAGUAUGGGUCUCCAUAGAUAUUUUUGUACAGUGUUUAGACUGUUCAUUCAUAGCAACGAACCACUUCAACACACCCAAGCAACAACUUGCAUAGUUUCAUUGACAUGUUUUGUAUUAAAAGAUGUAAAAGUCAGGAUAUGAGCAGCUGAGCGGUUUCGGACACGAGACGCUAAUAAGUCUUAAAGUAGUGAGCAGUCUUUGUCAUUGCAGUCUAUUCAUGAGGAAUACUUAAGGAGUGCUGCAUAUCAGGGCUUUUUGCUGAAGCUUUGGCAGAUUGUAUAUUGAAUGGGCCAUCGCAGUGCCUCUCCGCCCAAAUGAGGACGCCCUGCGUCUUCAUCCUUUCUGAACUUAGUUCAGGUUUAUGUUGUGCAAGUUUUAUUAUUUAGUACAAAGAACAUAUCAAGGUCAUAUUUCACCUCAAAAUCAAAAGAAAGAAACAAGAACUUGUAUUUCGCCAGAAAAUGAAGACUAUUUCUAGGAUCAGUAAGACUUUUUCAUUGUGGCAUUAUUUCAUGACAGUUGAGCACAUUCCUCCCCCCACCCCCACAAAUUCUCAUUACUGUGAUGUGGAAAAAAGUAAUGUUAUAUUUAAAUUGUAAAGUGUUUGUAUUAUAAUGGUAGUUUUUGUUUUACUGAGUUGAAAUAAGUUUUCAGUAUUUCUCUAGAUUUUGGAUUGAAAUGUGACCCAAGACAUUCUUUGUGAGAUUCACCACCAAGUUGUCAUUGAUCUACAUGUUCAGCGAGUAACUCGAGUGAAAGUUACUCGCUGGUGGUGCAGAGAGACUAGCUAGCAACUAGCUGGACUUCCAAAGGCGAUGGCUGCUUGUAGCAUUGAAUAGGAAUACUGUUUAAAAGAAAAAACAAAAGAACCUCCUGAAAUUUCUGAUUCCCCUGUGUUAACCUUAAAGAGCAGCUUGUAAACACUCAAGGGAUUGAAAAUGAUUUAGUUUUUUUGUGCAUGUAUUAUUCAUUGGACCUGAAAGGCAAUUGUCAUGGGUCAUUUGAAUCAUUUAUAUUUGCCAAUCUUGCUGCUCAGAAUGCUUUUUCCUUGGGUUGACCAUGACCGUGAUCGACUGAUGUAUAUAGUAGAAAUCAAAUCAAGGUGAAACUACACAAUCAGAGGGAAGAACGUUCGACAUCACAGAAUAUUUCCUUGGUUCAAUCCGGAAGAGCGUUGAUUUUUGGUUUGACAUACUCAAGAUUAUCUAGAGCCUGAUUAUUUGUAAAGGUUAUUGCUGGAAUAAUCGGGUUCAUAGCUUCUACAUCCCCUUGUAAUUCAGUACAGUAAUCUCUAUGUUUUAGACCUGUUGAAUAUCUGUAUUACCAGCACUCGAUUUCAGUUCAAAUUGAAAUUUUAUGAAAGGAAAUUCUUUGGUUUUAUUCUACAGUAUACUUUGCUUAAUCUUGCACAUCUUUAAAGUGUAACUUAAUGUUGAAUUGUUCUUCUGUAUAUAAAUGUUUAAUUUUGUCUGUAAAUUGGGUAUGAUGUUAGGAGUAGGUACGAGGACUGAUUUUGUAAUUUAAAGCUAAAAUGUGACGUCACGGGUGAGAAGUGAUUGAAAAAGACAAAUUAACGAUGAAAUAAAUGGGGAAAUGCAGGUCAUCAUGUCCUUGUAACCUUGUAAAUUUUAAAAAAUGGUGAUAUUUUUACUUCAUAUUGAUGACGAUGAUCAUGCCCAGUGUCAUUGAAGGAAUGGUUUAUAAUGAAUUGCUCUGUUUAUUAUGGAAUUAAAUGAAAAUGAACUUG